AUGCACUUCUGUGGAGGUGACUCGGCCCUGGGAAUUCUGGGAAAUUUCUUUAGCGAGGGAGAAGUCCUCUUCGUGGAGGCUGAGAGAAGCAUGGAACGAUCUGGGGAGGGGUUUGAGAAAGGGACGGUGAAUUGUCUUUGCUUCCCAGCCCUUGUCCUUCCACAAGAUGAAGGACAACCAUUUCCUCUCUAUGAUUUCCCCGAGAGAGUGGGUAUAUGGGAUGUGAGUGUGUGUGUGCGCAAUGUUCGUCUAAGGACGAGGAAGCAUGGAGAGACUGAUAGAGACUGGAAGGCCCCAGCCACAUGGCUGUACCUGGCAACUAUCAUGGGCCUGUACUACUUUUUGCACUGGUGGGAGAUGCAGGUGGUGAGCCACUUCCGAGACAAGUACGUCUUCAUCACAGGCUGUGACUUGGGCUUCGGGAACCUGUUGGCCAGGCAGCUAGACUUGCGAGGCCUGAGGGUCCUGGCUGCGUGUCUGACGGAGAAGGAGGCUGAGCAGCUGAGGGGCCAGACGUCAGACAGGCUGGAGAUGGUGGUCCUGGAUGUCAUCAAGACAGACAUCGCUGUGGCCACCCAGUGGGUGAAGGAGAGCACGGUGACAGAGGUGCUGUGGGGGCUGGUGAAUAACGCUGGCAUCUCUGUGUCCGCAGCACUCAAUGAGUGGCUGACCAAACAGAAUUUUGUGAAGAUACUUGACAUGAACCUGUUGGGGGUGAGUAAGGUGACCCUGAAUCUGCUGCUCCUCGUGAGGAAGGCGAGGGGCCAUGUGGUCAAAGUCUCCAGUGUCAUGGGCAGGUUGAGCAUUUUUGGUGGAGGCUAUUGCAUCUCCAAGUAUAGACUCGAGGCCUCCUCUGAUUCCCUCAGGAGGGAGUUCUUCUACUUUGGGGUGAAGGUGGCCAUCAUCAAGCCAGGUUACUUCAAGACUGCUAUGACCAGUAUUGACAUGAUUUCUAGGAGCUUCCAGAAGGCAUGGGAUUGGGCCAGCCCAGAAGUUAAGGAGUCCUAUGGGGAGCAGUUUCCGGCAUCCAGCAUACAAUCAUUUGGAUAAUUGGAGAAACAGUGCACACAACAUAUGGUCUUGGUGAUGGUCAUGGAACAUGCCCUGACUGCCUGCCAUCCCUGUACCCAAUACUCACCUGGCUGGUACGCCAAGCUCAUCUACCUCCCCAUGAACUACAUGACCACCUUCCUGGUGGUCACUGUGAUAUACUGGGUUACUCCACAGACUACCAAGGCCCUGUGA